UAUUAGUGCUAUUAACGAUAUCAUAAUCAUGUCAUCAUCAAAGAUGCCACCAGAAAUUCGUGUCAAUGGUCUUUCUGAACUUUUAACUAAAUUAGAUGAGUUGAAAGAUAAAAAUGAUGUUUUCAUUUUAUUCACUGGGUCUAAGGAUGCCUCUGGAAAAAGUUGGUGUCCAGAUUGCAAUGAUGCCGAUCCAGUUAUAAAGAAAGGCCUAGAAAACUCACCAGAAGGAUGUGUUUUCAUUAGCUGUAAUGUUGGUGACAAACUGGUAUGGAAAGACCCAGAGAAUGAGUUUCGCAAGAGUCCACAGUUUAAGCUGACUGGAGUGCCAACUUUGAUGAAAUGGAAAACACCUAACCGCCUUGGUCCAGAUGAUUGCAAGAAGCAAGAUCUUGUCGAUAUGAUAUUUGAAGAAUAAUUCACACAAUUAUUCUGAAUGUCUAAUUUACUUUUAAUGUAAAUUUUGAUAUAUACAAUAAUAAUGAACACUGGAAAAAGUACAUAUUUUCUAAAAUUAAAAUUAUAUGCGACGGAAUAGAAA